AUGCCCGCCAACCAGGCCUCAGGCAACGCUUCAGGAGAUGGCUUCUGCAAGCUCCCGCUGAGACUGCAAGGCUCCAGCUCUCCGUGCCAGGGCCAGCUGGAGGUCCUCUUCGACGGCAAGUGGCACACGGUGGACAGCCAGAGCUGGGGCCGCAGCCGGAACCGCUGGGAGGACCCCAGGCAGGCCUCCAGUCUCUGCCAGAAGCUGAACUGCGGGGACGCCUUGGUCCUGGCCCACAUCUCGCACUUCAACAGCCCCCAGAACCACGUCAUCUGCCAGGGGCAGCCAGGGUCCUUCUCCAGCUGCAACUCCAGCGUGGCAAACCAGAGGGCCCCUCUGGGCCUGAUCUGCUUAGAGCUGCCGAAGACGAGCCCUCCUACCACAAGGCCGCCGCCCACCACGCCAGAGCCCACAGUGCCUCCCAGGCUGCAUCUGGUGCCAGGGCCCGAGGGCCUGCGGUGCAUGGGCGUGGUGGAAUUCUACAGGGGCAGUCUAGGUGGCACCAUCAGCUAUGAGGACCAGGACGGGCACAAGGAUCAGGACGGACCCAAGAACCUGGGGGACCUCAUCUGCGGGGCCCUUCAGUGUGGCUCCUUCCUGAAGCGCCUGCCGGAGGCCAGGGCAGCCAGGACGCAGCCCCCAGGGGAGACCGGGCCCUUGCCAAUCCGGUGGGAGAUCCGGGACACCAACUGCACCUCCCUGGAGCAGUGUUUCAGAAAGGUCCAGCCCCGGAAUCCUGGGCAACGUGACUUCCUGCCUCGGAGGGCCCGGCGACUCAGGAGAGGGGGCAACGAGUGCCCACAAAAAGACAAAGACAGGCACCCGAGGGUCCACAGCAGCCCAGACGUGGACGCAGCCCCAGAUGGCCAAGAGCUCCCGCUGAGACUGCAAGGCUCCAGCUCUCCGUGCCAGGGCCAGCUGGAGGUCCUCUUCGACGGCAAGUGGCACACGGUGGACAGCCAGAGCUGGGGCCGCAGCCGGAACCGCUGGGAGGACCCCAGGCAGGCCUCCAGUCUCUGCCAGAAGCUGAACUGCGGGGACGCCUUGGUCCUGGCCCACAUCUCGCACUUCAACAGCCCCCAGAACCACGUCAUCUGCCAGGGGCAGCCAGGGUCCUUCUCCAGCUGCAACUCCAGCGUGGCAAACCAGAGGGCCCCUCUGGGCCUGAUCUGCUUAGAGCUGCCGAAGACGAGCCCUCCUACCACAAGGCCGCCGCCCACCACGCCAGAGCCCACAGUGCCUCCCAGGCUGCAUCUGGUGCCAGGGCCCGAGGGCCUGCGGUGCAUGGGCGUGGUGGAAUUCUACAGGGGCAGUCUAGGUGGCACCAUCAGCUAUGAGGACCAGGACGGGCACAAGGAUCAGGACGGACCCAAGAACCUGGGGGACCUCAUCUGCGGGGCCCUUCAGUGUGGCUCCUUCCUGAAGCGCCUGCCGGAGGCCAGGGCAGCCAGGACGCAGCCCCCAGGGGAGACCGGGCCCUUGCCAAUCCGGUGGGAGAUCCGGGACACCAACUGCACCUCCCUGGAGCAGUGUUUCAGAAAGGUCCAGCCCCGGAAGGACGGCCAAGUCCUCGGCCUCAUCUGUUCUGAUUUCCAGCCCAAGGUGCAGAGCCGCCUGGCGAGGGGCAGCGGCACGUGUGCAGGCUACGUGGAGGUGCGCUGGGGCCGGCAGUGGCAGGACCUGUGCCACCACUCCCCUUUCAAGGUCCCCCCUCGGUGGGAGGAGGUGUGCCGGGAGCAGCGGUGCGGCAACCUCAGCUCCUUCGAGGUGCUGGAGGCCGGUGGCCAGACCUCCCGGGGGCUCGUCUGUCACCAGGAGAAGCUGUCCCAGUGCUACGAGCUUCAGGAGAUAACCUACUGCCGGAGGGUGUUAGUCACGUGCAAGGACCCGAACCCGGCGGGCCUGGGCGCGGGCACCGUGGCGAGCAUCAUCCUGGCCCUCAUGCUCCUGGCGGUGCUGCUGGUCGUGUGCGGCCCCCUCGCCUACAAGAAGCUGGUGAAGAAAUUCCGCCAGAAGAAGCAGCGCCAGUGGAUCGGCCCGACGGGAAUGAGCCAGAACAUGUCUUUCCACCGCGAUCACGCGACCACAGUCCGCCGAUCCCAGGCUGACAACCCCGCCGCCUCACACGUGGAGAACGAGUACAGUCAGCCUCCCAGGAACUCCCAGGUCUCCGCUUAUCCAGCUCUGGAGGGGGCCCUGCAUCGCGCCUCCACCCAGCCCGACAACUCCUCCGACAGUGACUACGACCUGCACGGGGCUCAGAGGCUGUGAGAGACCCGGGAAUCGGGAACCGACAUCCAGAGCCAGACCAUUUGUCCUGAGAACAUUCUGCAUUUGCCGCUUGGAAAUACGUCCCCCGGUUUCUGUGCCCGCCAGAACCCGGACGGAGGGCACGAGCCUGGCCCAGGGGAGACCCGCCCGACAGCUCGGCCGACCCUGCAAGUGUGGCAGCUGGGAAAGGGCCGAGCCCACAGACAAGCAGCCACCCCCAGACAGAGACAUCUGGGGGGUCCAGGCCCUGGAAGCCCCCACCCCCAUCUGUGGGGAGCAGUGCCCAAGCAGGAGAUGGGCUCUCUCCUCAGGCCUGGGCCCCAGUGAGGACUGACGGGAAGCUCACGGUGUGGGGGGACAGGUGGAAGCUGAGUACUCUACUGUAUUUCCAAUAUGUUCUUUGUAAAUAAUGCCUUUUCUACUUCCUGAGAAUUAGUGUCCGGCCUCCUCGGUCCAGGGCCACCCCCAUCCCUCUGGAGAUGCCUGAGGGCGGGGGCACCUGUUGGGGGGGUUUGCCAUCCUCCGAUGGGAGGGCUGCUCACCUGGCACAACGCUGCUCAGCACAGCAGCCCCUCAGGGCGAUGUGUGGCCCCGACCCCGCGCCCUGCUCCACCCCUCCCUCUGCGGCCUCCCCCAGACUCCUGCCUCUUCAAGGUGCCUCCCUAAGAGAGAGCAGGGACUGGGGCUGGCUGUCAAGUGCAAAGGCCCCUAGUGCCGCCUGACAGCCUGGCACAAAGGGGGGACCCAGUAAA